AUGCCGCCCAAAGUCACCAACGCCAAUGCUUUCAACACGGCCCCUGGCAACAACACCAAGAAGGGCCUAUCUCACUCGAUUCACAGCCCCCAAGCAGACGAUGGCCCUCAGAUACGACCGACGCACUUCAUCGUUCGCGAGGGCAGCCCCGGGGCCAUCGUACCUGUCAUACCAGUCGACCUGCUCCCAGACUAUGUGACCAUCGUCGGCCUGUCGCGUAUGCUGGCUAUCAACGACACCACCGGCAUGUCGAACCUGGGCACGUUCGCCAAGCCGCAAGGUCAUCUUCAGCUACAAUUCGUGUCCCCAGCGCAUGAUCAUUCCACUGAAGGUCCCGAGAGCCCGGAUUCUGGUUGCCAUCUCAAACCUCAGCGGCCUGGACCUGACGCUGCAAAGAUCAGCCACGGAACUGGCAAACAGCCUCAUAUUGCAAAGGGCAGCGGUGUCGGUGUAUCUUCAAAGUUAGCUGCCUCGCAGCCAACUCCCAAAGCAUUGGGCAACGUCCCUCUUCUCGCUCCUCCUCCUCCUCUCCCACCCCGGGUCCUCGACUGGGCUGAAGACGAUACAGAGUCGGUCUCGACAGACGACUUCUCCUCCGCGGAGCUCUCUGCGCUAGACUCCUCGUCAAAGUCCUCCUCUAGCUCCAGAAACAAACAAAAACCUCCUCAGCGAGCCCCGACCCCGGCCACGGGCGCCAUCAAGGAGAAAUCGGACGCCGAGAUCGCGGAGCGUAUGCUUGAGCUCGGCCGCGUCCAGCAGCAGGCCGCCGCCCGUAACCACCAUCACCAUCCUGCCCAGGCCCUGAAGACAAUGGCAGCGGCGUCUUCUCACAGCAGCGACGGUAGCACCAGCACCGGUAUCGCCGCCGGAGCCCCGAAGCCUACUCCUCCCAAGCCCACCGCCGGAAAGCAAAAGGUGGUACGGCCGGACGGUAGCCUCUGCCGGCACUGGUGCCAGACGGGCCAGUGUAGCUGGGGCAACGAGUGCCGUUACACGCACCAGAUGCCCCUAACGCUCGAGGGGCUCGCGGACGUUAACCUGACGGAGCUGCCGUCCUGGUGGCGCAAGCAGGCCGGCUUGCCUGCUGAAGGGACCAUUGACCCCCGCAUCUUUGCUGUUGCCACUGUUGCCCCCGGUCUGAAGAAGAACAGCCUCUGUCGAACGGCACUAGGUGUCGUCAACGUUGCUCCGCCGCCUCUCGAGUCGUCGAGGAAGGCUACUAAGGUAAAGCCGGGAAAGGUUGAGAGGAAGAUGGCGAGGGAGCUUCGAGGCGUGCAGUUUGGGAUCGAGAGGGCGCAGGCGACAAUGAUGUCUCCUGUUGUUGCUGUUGGCAGUAAGAAGCAAUUGGGCGUAGGGCGAGUGCAGAGUCAGACGAUGGGGAUUCAGCAGCUUGACGAGGUUGUUGAGAAGCUUGUUGAUAUCUAA